CCUGCCUAUUAUUCCAAAUAACAAUUGUACGUUCCUACCUUCCCCUGCAAUACAAUGGAGGGAGUAUUGAGGCCUGUGGUCUCAAAAAUUUCAGAUGCCAAACCAAUGUUCAAUCUUCAGGCCUUUCCCUUAAACAAACAUUUUCUUCUUAUGAAACGAAACAAGCAAUUAAGGAAGCCGUCAAUCAAAGCCUCCGCCACCGAAGAAAUUACAGCACUUACUACUACUUCAGACCCAGAUAUCACUUGGCAAAUUGUUGUUGGCUCUUUGGCCGGUGUGACACCUUUUGUGGUUGCGGGAAUCGAGUUCAGCAAGAGAAUUGUGAAACAAAGGAAAUGUGAAGUAUGUGGGGGCUCAGGACUUGUUCUCAAGAACAACAAGUUUUAUAAGCGAUGUCCUGAUUGUGGUGGAUUUCUACCCUGGCAGUCUUGGAGAAGAUUCUUCACUGGUUAAAUCUUUGUGGAAGCUUCACGCCAAGUUUGAUUAUCCACUCUAUACAUGUACUAUACUAGGAAAAAGAAAAUUCUCGACAUGGAUCUUCUUGUACAUCAAGCAUAAUUUGGCUUUGGUGUUCUUUCCAGUAUACUGUUUGUAUUCAUUUACAUAUACAGUCAGUUACCAAGCUGCCUUAGAAACUGGAAUAACACUACUAACUCUUCUUGAUUA